AUGCUCGGGCACUUGUCCACGGCUCCUUUCACACUGCUCUGGCUGCAGCGUCUGUCUCUUGCUGUCUGUUUGCCUGGUUGCUUGUCUUCUUCUCUGUGCAUACAAAGUGCUGAAGAAGAAGAAAAUCCGGUGGUUGAUAGCAAACAGCUGGUGAGGGACAACAGAGAGGGACAGGAAGCAGAGGAACAGCAGAAGCAAAGGGGACAAGGAGGAAGAGCUGCGAGAGAGAUGGCGACGCCCACAGCAGAGAUGGAUGGGCUACAGCUACAGGAGAAGGAAGAGCCCGGCUGGGAUGCGCAGACAGAACAAGGUUCGGGACGGGCAAAGGAGAGCUACCACCAAUACACCAGCGCAGAGGCACGGGAAGAGGACGAUAGAGAAACAGCUCUGCGGGCAGAGCUCAAGUCGGUACGAGAUAUCAAUGCUGUGAUAGAAGGCGUUGUUGAAAGCCUGGAACGCGCAAAGGGAAACAUGGAGAGCGUUGCCCGGACGGUUUCCUCUGCCUCUACCCUACUUGACACCUGGACUCGCAUUCUUUCCCAGACGGAGCAUAACAGAAGACUCGUUUUAGAUCCGUCGUGGCAGGGUGCUACUCAAGACAUGACCGAUAUAGAGACCGAGGCUCGUGAACGACAACAAGAGGCAGAACGAAGAGAACUUGAGCUGCAAGAGCGGAAACUAGCACAGGAACGCAAGGCCGAGGAAGAACAGCGGAGGCGAACAGCACAAACAUCGUCAACCACUAGGGCGAGGCGCGGCAUUGUGAGGCCGUCAACAACACGAACAGGAACGUACAAGCGUGAUACCCUCAAAACAAUGUUAGAAAUGAGUGAGAAGAGCCAUUUUCAUCAAAUGUAUGGACUGUCAGCCCUGAACAGCUAG